AUGGCUGCGAAUACGUAUUACAUUGACUUUUACAAUGACCUUCCUUCAAAUAAAGAAGACGAUGGUGCACUUCUUACAUUUGGCUUAUACAUGAAAUCUCCAAGAUCUCCGGGUAUGAAUAAUGUCGCUUGGCUUAAAGCCGACGUCCCGAAAAAAGGGAUGGCAGGAGUCUCAUUUAAAAAAGAAUACCAUGUAAUAUCGGCUGAUUAUAGGGACGAAGAACAGAGAGGUGUUUACACUUCACACCAAAUGUUUAAGAGUGAUCUUGGUAAAGAGUGGACGCUUACGAAAUAUCGAAGAAUUGCACAAUUCGAAAAACAAACCGGCUACUCUGGUAGUUCUAACGUUAUAUCAAUUAAAAAUAAUUCCGGAAGUUUAGCUCAUCUUGGCAUCGGAAUCGACGGUCAAUUAGCUUCUGUAAAAGCAGUUUAUGAUGGGGCGAGAGCCGCAUUUAAAAUUAACGAGACUUAUUAUGUCGGAGUUUUUAGUGAUUUAGUAGAAGGCCAAGUGAUCACUGGUGAUGUUAUAAUGGCUUCAGAUGCAAUUAAUUUUGGAGCUGGGUAUAAUUGCGCGAAAGUUUCUGCUUCACUUGAUGGGGAAACUUUUAAACUAGCAAUCAAAUAUAAGAAUAAGCUGCCUUCAAGUCUUUAA